CAAUUCCAUAUUUUGUAGUUGAACAAAAAAGUAAUAAAAAUACAUGAAUUGUAUCAUUAAAUUUUGAUAAAUUUGUUCAAUUGAAAUUAAAAAUUAAUAUGUUAAUAAUAAUAGAUCCAUAAGAACACAAUUUAAUAGUUAUGUGAAAUGUAUGGUUAAUAUUUUUUUAGUUUUUUGUUUGAUAUAUAUUCCUCUAGUAAGAACACAAUGUUGUCUAGGAAGAAUAAAGAUCUGCGAACAAUUAAAGAAGGGGUUGUUGGUAAAUAUGUUAGAAAGGAUACUCCCCCUGAAAUGCCCAUUAUAAAUGUUUGGACAACUGAGCCGAAAAGGCGUCAUUCAAGUCAAAGUCGUUCAUCUCUACAUUCGAAUAACACCAUCCCUUCUUCUUCACAGCAGACAGUUCAGAAAUUCGGUAAUCAAAAGACUUUAAUUAGUGAUGUUGGGUUAGGAGCUCAUGAAGGAAAAUAUACACCAAGUGCUUCAGUUCCUGACUUGGCUACAAGGUUUUCAAAUCUAAAUGUAGGAUUAGCUAGAGAGAACAAUUUGCCUAUCACAUUCAGUACGCCUGGAAUAAAUACUACUCAGCCUAUUUAUACAAAUCAGCCUAUGGGUGGUGCAUAUGAUAAUUCUGUGAGCAACGCAAAUUACGUUGAAAUUGAUCAAAUAUAUCCACUUAGCCAAGAAAGUAAUAACAAUUACAGAGAAUCACGAUAUAACAGAACGAAUUCGCCGAUUUAUCAAAACACUAAUACAAACGAUGCCAAUUCAGAUUUAACGCCGAUCUACAGUAAUACGCAUUUUAAACAGUAUGGAAAUUCGACGCAAAGUAUCUCUUAUGGUGAAUCUUUUCCUCAUCAAUCGAGGCAAAGUAUAAAUAGAUCUGAAAAUUCACAAGAACAAUCUGAAGAACUGCCAUUGCCUCCAGGCUGGUCAGUAGACCAUACUCUAAGGGGGCGAAAGUAUUAUAUCGAUCACAAUACGAAAACGACGCAUUGGUCGCAUCCUUUAGAAAGAGAGGGUUUACCCACCGGUUGGCAGUGCAUUCAAUCACCAGUAUACGGUAUUUACUAUGUUAAUCAUAUUACUAGAAGAGCACAAUACGAACAUCCUUGCUUGGUACCGUGUUUUAAUUAUACUAGCGAAUCAUAUCAAAGAUACAUUCCCCCUAGGCCGACCCAUUAUCAAACUCACAGCGUCUUAGUUCCUGCCAAUCCUUAUUUAUUAGAAGAGAUUCCUCAUUGGCUUAAUGUUUACUUUAAAACCAGUCCAGAUUUAGAUCACAAGCUAAGAUGGGAUAUGUUUAGAUUAUCCGAAUUAGAAUGCUAUAAUGCAAUGCUGACUAGACUAUAUAAACAAGAACUACAAAAUAUCGUCAUGAGAUAUGAAUCAUAUAGAUCAGCUUUGAUGAUGGAAAUGGAAAAAUUUGGAAUUCAUCGGAAAAACCGUUAGCAUUUUAAAUGUUUUAACCCUUUUGUGAUCAUUUUUAUUUUAUUUAUUGCUUUCUACUUUUUCAUCGUCUUCUACUUUUUCGACAGAAAAACCGGUUACUCUGUAUACUUUAGCAUCUUUUAUUCCUAACGUUUUAGCCCACCUGUGACCUGUAAAAAAUAUGUAAUAUAAUUUAUU